AUGACCAUUCUUCUGGCGGUUAAUUUGAAAAGGAAGCAACUGCUAAAAAUCAACCCCCAAAAAUCAAGAGAUACACAGAAUUGGUUUAAAGAGAGAAUAUCCAAAGGUGGUUUGUCACUUGUCACUAAACAGAUUCCUCGAGGAAGUGCCCUGCCCCAAGGCUCAGACUCGGCUCUAACAGGUCCAGUGGCAAUGAUGGAUGCAGAGGCAUUGUCGGAGUCAAUGACGGAGGCGUCCGAGGCGACAUCUGCUGUGGUUCACGCAGUCGGUGAGAUGGAGGCCCGAUUAACCCGCCAACGUCAUCCCACUGCCACUCUCUUCAUUGUGGAGGCUUUAACCCUCGCCCGGGAUGGUGGUAUCCUCGACUGGGAUGAUCGUGUUCGUGAUGUGUUGGAUGAUAGGGAAUUGUAUACAGUCCAGUUCAAAGUCAGACGGUUAUGUGAGUCAAAACAAUUAUUAUUAUUUUCUUCAGUAAAUAUAAAAAACAAACUGGAGGCUUUACCACCUUUUAAUUGUCCAAUUAGUUAUGAAAAAUUCUGGCUUAAAGUAACCAUCUUUGAGUGCAUUAACUCACCAAUGUUUGUUUUGCAGUAA